AUGGCUGUACCUUUCGACUUGGUUGCGGCUGCCGAGAAGCUGCUCGCGCAAGCUAAGAUGCUCGCCGCCGUACGUGAUUCAAGUGAAGUCGCCAAUGAGGAAGCACUGCGGCGGAGCAUCGCGGAGACGGCGAGGAAGAUCGCUCUUGAGACGGCGCCGCCGUUGGACAUCGUCAAGUCUGAUUGGUUUGUGCUGGCCGACGUCGCGGCAUGGAACAUCUUCAUCGACUGGAAAGCCUUCGACCACAUCCCGCUGGAAGGGCACAUCUCCAUCGCCGACCUCGCCCGUGCUCUCGACGCCCAAGAGUCUCUCGUUGCCCGCAUCUCCGCCCAGCUCCUCUCAACAGGCAAGCUCCUUCCGGGCCCGACGCCGCACACGCUGCGGCACUCGCGCAUCUCGCCGCUCUUCCGCACGGCGCACCCGGUCUCCGCCCUCGCCGCCGUCGCCGUCGGCAACGGCAUGAAGCCCUGCGCGCACUGGCCCGCCUACUUCGCCGCCCACGGCCGCCGCGAGCCGCCCGGCCUCGCGCCCACCCCGUUCGCCUUCGCCUGGGGCCGCCCCGACCUGCCGCCCUGGGAGGUCAAGGCGCUGCACCCGGCCUACGCGGCGCUGUUCACGCGCUGCAUGCGCGCGCGCGAGAUCGUCGCGGGCGAUACCGCCUGUGUUCUCGGGUGGUUGCGGCGGCUUACUUUCAUUCUUUUAGGCGCACUUGUCUACAUUCUGCGCCGGAUCCUGCUCGACUACCCGGAUCAGCUCGCUGUUGGGAUUCUCCGGCGCCUGGCCGAGGCACUUCCCGCCGACAAUCCCAAGGCCCGGGUCCUCGUCAUAGAAGCGAGACGGCUGGAUGUCCCAACGCCGGAGAACUGCAACGUGGACCUGUUCAUGCUGAAUCUCGGCGGCAAGCUCAGAGAUGAGGCCAUGCUCAAGGAUCUGGCGGCUGCGGCGGGGUUGAGCGUGAUGGGAUAUCAUGCGAGUGCUCGGGAGGGCGAUCCAACCUUUGUGAUGGAGUGCGCGAGGGCGUGA